GCAUCGCAACGGUAGCUUCCUUCCCUCUCCUCCUAGCGGAGCGGGGGUGGGAGAACACUGCUUGGUUCAGUUGCAUCUGCGAAAGAACCAGAAAAGAUCCCUCGCUGAUAGUCUAUCUAAUCUAUUGUAUCUCCAUCCGUUCCGCCUUGUUAGUCUAUGCCUCCCAUCCUUCACUCGCGGGAUCUGCAGCUGGUGGAGUCCACAAACCUCGUCGCAUCUGCCAAAAGUCACUCGACUUUUCCCCAAGCUCGGGGCUUUGCCUGAUUGUUCCAGCCAUACCUUGCAUACCUUGUGCGGUCCCUCGCAGCUUCAAUCCUCGACGCUAUACGGUCGCAAUCUGCCGCUAGCCGUCCGUGCUCGCUUUUCGCGCCGAAAUGUCCAACCUCGAGUCUUUCGUUUAUCUGACGGUUCGGCAAGAUGACUCUGGAGUGACCCCGGCUUGUGAUACGGGGAAUGACUACGACGGCCGCAUUGGCUUGCGAAUAGCCGCGCUCUUCAUCAUCUGGAUCACUUCGUCGAUAGGUGCCGCGUUUCCCAUCUUUGCAAACCGGCAUAGAGGGCUAAAAGUGCCCGACUGGGUGUUUUUCAUCUGCAAGUACUUUGGGUCUGGAGUCAUUAUCGCAACUGCCUUCAUCCACCUGCUAGCGCCUGCGAACGACGCCUUAACGAAUCCAUGUCUUACCGGGCCCAUAACAGAAUAUGACUGGGUCGAAGGUAUCGUGCUGAUGACCAUCUUCGUGCUCUUCUUUGUUGAGUUGAUGGUCAUGAGAUACGGGAACUUUGGCGGAGGGCAUAAUCACGACCACGACGAUGGUGCUCAUGCCCAUACGCAUACUCAUUCACACGCUUUGGAGUUGGACAGGUCUACCACCGACACAGAAAUGACUGCCGCCCCGAAUUCAUCGCCCUACAAAGACAAUCCCGUUUCCGUGAACAUGCCCCUGUCCCCUCGGGUGUCUCGGCCUCAAAGUACGCAUGUGCCUGGAGAAGACCACAUGGGGCAUGCUCGUGAGCAUAACGAAAUCGAAGAAGCCGCCAGCCCACUAAGCCUUGAAGAUUACAAAGCGCAAAUGACGGCGAUUUUCAUCCUCGAAUUCGGCAUCAUCUUUCACAGUGUCUUCAUCGGUCUGACCCUUGCUGUGGCUGGCAGCGAGUUCGACACUCUCUUUAUCGUCAUCAUUUUCCAUCAGACGUUUGAGGGUCUUGGUCUGGGAUCUCGGCUCGCCGUGACGCCGUGGCCGAAAGAUCGACGGUGGACCCCCUACGUCUUGGCUUUGGCCUAUGGCCUCAGCACCCCUCUGGCUAUCGCCAUCGGCUUAGGCGUGAGGAAGAGCUACCCCCCUAACUCGGAGACGACGCUCAUCGUCAACGGCGUCUUUGACUCGGUGUCUGCCGGCAUCCUGAUUUACACGGGUUUGGUCGAGUUAAUGGCUCACGAGUUUAUGUUCAGCAGCUCGAUGCGAAAAGCUAGCAUCCGAACAGUCAUGGCGGCUUUUGUCACCAUGUGUCUUGGUGCCGGAUUGAUGGCACUGCUUGGCAAAUGGGCUUAGUGAGCUGGCGUUAUGCAAUGUUUUAAGAGUGCGGCAUUGAACCAUGUCAAGGAGGAAUGCCGGAUCGCGUGUGUACAGAAGGAAAAUGGACUAAUCUGAGGGAUGAAUGAAUCAAUGAUACCCCGGAGAAAUAUAUCGAUAGAGCUACGAUAAUCGCGCAAUCGAAAAGACAGGCGCCUUUCCAUCUCUGUCCGAAAAAGCCUCUUCAUUUCGCGCCCAGCGUGAUGAGCCACUGAAAGUUUUGAUGAUGUGGAAGAUUGUAGUGAUGGAGACGACUGAUGACUGGCGACAGGCUGGACUUGAGCAUAUUGUCCCUAGACUGAGUUAGGAUAACCCCUGCGACAGAGGACCGAAAGAGCGGGGCGAGGCGAGGCGAGGCGAGGCGAGGCGGAGCAAGGCUAAAACAGAAAGGGCCGAACAGGGCGAACCAUAACUAACCUCACGUCUACGAACGAUGGACUUGGGAGAGUUCACUCAACCUACCUCGGGUGACCAGGUUAGGGACCUCGUACAUGUCUUAUGCACAUAGCCAGCUAAAGGUAGCGUACAAGGCCACGCCGGGCUAGAGGGAAUAGACAGGCAAGGCUGGACGAUGCGGCGGAGGUGCCGCGGACUUAGUGCAG